GUAGGUGGAAUGAUCACCAGCAGCGGCUACUGCGGUGCUUCGGUGGUGUGCUGCAACGUGGAUGUCGAAAUAGGUGGCGUUCGCUUUGUUGACUCGGUUAUGUGGGAUAUCCACCAGAGCUCGCUAUCCCCACUAGAGUUCUCGAGGAGGACGUGUGCAGAGCUUGGUAUUGGGGUGUCGUUUGUCCAGCCAAUAGCUCAGUCUAUUGGCCAACAACUGAUAGAAUAUGGGCGAAAGAACCCAAUGUGGGCAGUGGAGGGAACAAUUGCACCAGCGGGCGAAAACAUACAGACUGUGAUCAUCGACGUACGCUUUCGAUCAGUCAUUUUUCGAGAUCGCUUGCAGUGGGAUGUCAACUGCCCCUACAACAGCCCGGAGCAGUUCGCGAGGAUCACGGUGGCGGAUUUAAAUUUACCACAGGAAAUGGAGCCGAUUAUCGCGCUGACGACACACCAGCAAGUAUCGAGGUUUCGCAUGGCAGCACCAUCAUCAACCACAAACAACGAGGAUGCCCAAUUCAAGGACGUCGAAGGGCCUUGUGUUUCUUCUGCCCUGAAUUCGAGUAGUUUGUACGAAGUAAAAGCACCCCCAUAGUGCCUUCGAGUCUCGGAAGAGGGAGGGGAGGGAAAGGGUAAAUCACCUUCAUACCUCUGCUCCGCGCCCUGCUUGGGAAAAUGCAUGCUCCACAGUUCCACGUUGGUGAGGCCAGGGACCAGAAGCAGAAAGGGUACUCUUGUUGUUUCCCUACACGUGUGCAUUGCGCGUCAUGUACAAACAUUGCCGCUCUGAAGCUCGCAUGUUUUCCAAGCACUUUCUCACGGCAACAGCCUUGUUUGUAAGACUUGUUUUACUGGUGUCUAGACCUGCCGUGCCGUGUCUCUGCCAUUUGAAUGGGGGGCUACCACCCCAGCAGCGGUGAUUGGCAUGCUAGUCAAUGCUGCGAUACACUUGGAAGCAUGUCCUUGAAGCUGGUUGUUGCCGACUUGGAUAUCAUCCCUCCCGUGCAACAUUUGAAUUCGUCUCUACUUGUAGUUAAGUCUGGUUUAGAAUCAUGGACGCUACCAGAGUACGCGCGGUAACCGAGCGGCAAAAGAACGGUUGGCAAUCCGGAGAAAGAAAGCGUGCGGACGGAGGGAAAGGACUGAGAGAGGGUACAUCGAAGGGGCGCACUGUUCCCAGUUCCUUUUUUUGGUGUCUUGGUUCUUGUCUGCGUGCGGCUUGUUUGCACCUGAGGAACGCGCUUGACCCAAUCACUGGUAUGUAUUGACCUUGAGUGUGUCUUUG